AUGAAGAAGUCCCGUGGUGGCGGCCUUGGUUCCCGCAGACAGAAAGAGCUGCCAACAGAACCCCCUUUCACAGCAUAUGUGGGAAAUCUACCUUUCAACACUGUUCAAGGAGACAUAGAUGCUAUCUUUAAGGAUCUCAGUGUAAGGAGUGUACGACUAGUCAGAGACAAGGAAACAGACAAAUUUAAAGGAUUUUGUUACGUGGAGUUUGAUGAGGUGGAAUCACUCAAGGAAGCUCUUACGUAUGAUGGUGCACUUUUGGGUGACCGAUCACUCCGAGUGGACAUAGCAGAAGGCAGAAAACAGGAUAAAGGUGGUUUUGGCUUCAGAAAAGGUGGACCUGAUGACAGAGGAAUGGGAGGAGGUCCCCGAGAAUCCAGAGGAGGUGGAUGGGAUCCCAGAGAUGACUUCAAUUCUGGAUUCAAAGAUGAUGACUUCUUGGGAGGUCGGGGUAGAGGAACUCGUCCCGGAGACCGGCGACCACCUGGUGCCUCAAUGGGAACUGGUGGCACCGGUCGCUUCAGAGAUGGGCCUCCCCUUCGUGGAUCUUCCAUGGACUUCAGAGAGCCAACAGAAGAGGAAAGAGCACAGCGGCCCCGACUUCAGCUCAAGCCUCGAACAGUUGCUACUCCCCUCAAUCAAGUAGCCAACCCCAACUCUGCUAUCUUUGGUGGAGCCAAACCCCGAGAGGAAGUAGUAAAAGAGCACGACUGAGCUUGGGGUUGAGAGGGAAUGGGGAGGCGGGAGAAAAAGCAAGACAGUACAGAGUGACUAGCUCUGCUGGAAUGUCAACCCUGCAGUUUACCAUUCCUGCCAUCUGGCAUUUGUCCUCUUUAAAACCGAAAACACAGAGCUUGUGAAUGCAUGUCAGCUGUUAACAAGUGGUUUUUAGUACGUUCUUGGCUUUGCUGUAUCUAGUGCCUGCUUUGUGCUGAGUUUCCCUCUUCUGUUUCCUUCCAAGCAGCACACUUGCCAGUAGGUAAGGCAGUGUAGCUGCUUCCACCAAUGCGGAGGUCUCUGGACAAAUGUGCUGCUUCACCUCCUCCUUUCUGGGUUUGUUUUACUUUAGAAGCACAGGUUAGGCUUAGUUACUACCCUGUAUUGUUUCCUUUUACUUCCUCAGUGCUCCUCUUCUGACCUGCAUGUCUUGUUCUGUAUUGCUGUGGCUCUGAAGAGGAAAGCUGGAGAGUCCAGACAAGUUGAGCAGUUAGAGUAAUUUACAGUUCUAACCAUGUAGUGAGAUACCAUUGAUGACAAUUGAUGAUAGAAUUACUGUAUACAGCAUAAUUCUUUAUUAAAAUCGAGGGGGAUCACUGCCCUUUCACGCAGGUCACUGUGAAAUACCAGCUUAAUAGAUGCAAAUAAAAUUAGCUGAGAGUAAACCUGGUGAAUUGGUAGCAUCUCUAUAGAUAAAGCAUCUGCCAGUAGACUUCUGGCUUUUGACUUCAAAAUGGCAUAACACUACACUUCUGAGCUCAAGGUUAGUGCUGCAAAAAUGUGCCUGUUUGAGCACAACUCACUGGCUCUUCCUGCUUAAAUUUCUUUGGGUUUUACAUGUUUGGUAAAUUUUUAAAUGAAGUUUAUACAAAUAAAAUUGACUUUUUUAUUUUUGUUUAAGGAGUGUAUACUUUGCCAUGCAAUAUGUAAUUGCCAUUAUCCUCUGUAUUUCUUCAGCUAGUGGUGUACAGUUUAAGACCUCUGCUUUCAGAAUGCCUUGAGAAGGGGCAGAUAAGAAUCCAAUAUGCUUUAGAUCCUGCUCAUGUAGAAGUUUGGGUA